AUGCGGCGGCACAUCCCCUAUAUACCGCCGCUCGCCGCCACGCACACGCCCGCUCGCUCUCACACGCGCAGCUCGGCCCCCGAGGUUCCCCCGCGCGAGGUCAGCGCGCCGCGCCGGCAGCGCUGCGGCGCCACCUGCCGGCCGCGGCCGGGAGGGAGCGGCGCCGCUGCGGGACCCGCCGCGGGGUCGGGCCGGGAGAGCGGCGGGGCGCCGGCGCCGGCCUCGGGCCGCUUUCUGAGGGGCCGCCCGGCCCGGCCGCCCCGCGGAGCGCUGCCCUGCCGACCUUCGGGCUGCGUUGGGCGGCCGCCGCCCUCCGCCCGGCGGUGCGCCGCCCCGCGCCCCGGGCCGAGGCCUAGGCUGGCUCCGAUCCUGGGGCGGCCCUCGGGGGAGCUCGGAGCCGGGGGGAGGGACGGGCCUCGGCGCGGGCCGCUGCGGGGCGCCGCCGUGGGGCGCCGCCGUGGGGCGGGACGGCCCCCGGCGGCCGGUAGUUGCCUUCCUCGAAGCGCGCCGGGGGAGUGGCACGCGGUCUAUCCUUGGCCCCAAAACCGGGGAGCUGACACAGAAGCACCGGCCUCGCAGAAGGGUGACGGGGAGACGCGUGGCGGUGCGGGGACGAAAGCCACCGCGAGAGAGGCAGCCGAGGGUCCCAGCGUAUUGGACGAGGGACCGAAGGAGAAUUGGAGUUUGACUUCUGUAGAAGACCCGGCAACCAUUUUGAGAAGCCUUUUGUUCUAUAGCUAUGCGAAGCUGAGAAUGCAGGGAACAGUCUUCGCUGCAGCCAUGCUUCAGAUCCUUCCCUUCCUCCCAUCAUUUUUUUAUUUCAUCUACUAAGAGGAAUGUGCACCUUAUGCUCAGAAAGCUAGCUCCUCUCACAAGCACAUGAAAAGCAAUGGGAAUGCUAAAUGGCAUUCUGAGAUCAUCUUUGAAAAAGAUUGAGCCUGAAAGCUCUUCAGAAGUUCAGAUUUACUCUUCUAGGGAAAAAGAUAUGGAAUACGUCAGCCGCAGCUACCGUGACCACUCAUUUAUGCUAAUGGACUUUGAUGGGAACUUCGCUCAUCAACAAUUUGUUUUAAAGCCUCUUCAGAGUGUUUCAGAAGCUUAAUAGGCCUGAUAGUGUGGGAAACUGAAAGACACAAGAUGAAUUGUGCUUUCAUAGUAACAUUAUACUGUCAUUCUCUCAUUUUUACAACUUUAAAAUAGUACUAAGUAUUAGAGUGACCUCAAAUGCACAUCCUAUAUCAUUGAGGUCUUUCUUGCUUUCAUUACAACUUGGUUUAUUCAGUAGACACAAGUUAUUCUAAAAUCUGAUCUGUAAGAAAACAAAAAUUGGACUUUGAUGUGUAUAUGAAUGCCCACUACCAGUGAUUAGAAUAAAAGGCAUUUAUGAAGAAAAUUCCAAUAAAAUGCU